GAAAGCGAACUAGCUCCCUCGUCAUUGCCGAUGAUACUUCUGAGUCGUUAUCUUCUGAAUCCGCUCGUGGUAGCACAAAAAGAAACAACUCUUCCAAAUGUCUCCCAACAUGCCUCUCAAAGUUUGUCGCUGGCCGAAUUUCAUCCUGGCACAACGGACAGAUCGACUCAUUCUCUGGCCCGUAUUUUAACGAGUGUGUAUCUUCCAAAUGGUGACCCCACUCCCGACGGCUCUCGUACUGCACGGACGGCGUAUGACAGUCAGAAAUACACAAACGUAGGCAUCAAUCACGGAAGAUGUGACGAGCCAAGAGUGAUGUCUUGA